AUGGAGAACACUAAAUCGUCGUCUCCCUUGAUCUUUGAAUCUCACGAAACUGCACUAUGUGUUAUUCCUCCCCGCGAGCUAUGGCCAUCAGUGGAUGUGCUGAGAAGCCUCUACGACAAGGCUUACACUACCUGGCCCCCUCAUAUGAAUCUCGCCUACCCGUUCGUACGACCUGAGGUCCUCGAGGAUGCAGCUCAAAUUCUCGAAGGGCUCAAGACAGAGAACUUGCCCCAGCUUGUUCUCGAUGUUGCCGAUAGUUUCAAACACAAGCACCAUAACACUAUCUUUCUGGGCUCAAAUCCUCACUCUGGCACGGCAGAGCUAUCAAAGCUCAGAGAUAGUGUCUCCAGCGCCUUUGGUCAGCUUCAAAAUUCUGGAAGUGAAAGAUUUAUUCCACAUAUGACUAUUGGUCAAAGUGAAGACUCUGAAGCUGCGGCCCAUCAUUUUCUUGUUGAAAAGGCACGUCUUGUUGCACCAUUGAAAUGGGAAGUGAAGGAACUCGCGGUCCUUGUCCGCGACGAUGCUUCUGCUUCUGCUUCUGCACAAGGAGUAAACGGGCCACGGCCCAUGAGGCUCUGGGGGACCUUGGAGCUCAAUUCAGGAACAUUCAAAAGAAUGACGCCACCUCAAAGCUUUGAUGAUCGUCUUGCUGAUAUAUCUGCCACCGCAUUUCGCCCGUCCUAUCAUAUGCCCCAACCUCUUGGACCAUGGGAAACGGCUUUAUCAACAACCAAUACGCCUGAACCCAGUGAGGUUGUACUGGACCGAUUAGUUGUUGCUUCCUAUAAUGUCUUGGCUGAGUUUGAGUGGCCUCCCCGGUCAAACAGACACCCGGCUUUGGUACAGAACCUUCUUUCAGCUCGUGCUUCAGCCGACAUUAUUGUUCUUCAAGAAGUGACAGACCACUUUCUUCCUGACCUGCUUGCAAGUGAAGAGAUACGCUCUCGUUACCCCUUCGUCAGCGCUGGUCCUCCCGAACAAGCCGGCAUUGGACCCCUUCCAAGUCUUCUCAAUACUGUUGUAUUGAGUAAGUUUCCCUUUGAGUGGCAUCACUUGCCCUUCCAGAGGAAACAUAAAGGAUGCACCAUAGUUCGAUUCUCAAACAUUGGCACCCAAGAUGCCGAUGAUGGGCAGUUUAGACAAUGGAUCCUUAUGGCAUGCCAUCUAAGUCAAGGACUUACCGACGGCGCCAUUGUGACUAAGAAGAAGGAGGUUCAGAAAAUGCUCGAUUAUUUAUCUACGACCUUCCCGCAACACCCAUGUAUUGUGGCAGGUGAUUUUAAUCUGGUAACAUCGUCCUACACUGUUGAAGCGGCCAGAAAAAGACAGGACAUUUCACAACAAACGGUCCAUCGUUUGGGAGACAUUGACCGGGCCUUGUCGGAUGCCGGUUUCCUCGACACAUGGCUUGCAACACGUCUCGAGUCAGGCGAAUCUUCAGACAUCGCCAACGACAAGAGGAAUGUCCUGGACUCCUUCCAAGGAGAACAGGGUGCUACUUUCGAUCCUUUGACCAACUCUUUGACCACCGAACUUGUGGGGAGUGGACUGAACAAUCGCCCUCAGAGAUACGACAAGAUACUGGUCAAGGCACGCAGUCAAUAUCACCCUCAGGGUUUCAACAUGUUUGGCCAGACGCCACUCGAAAUACCGGACAGAGCAGGACUCUCAUAUGCAAGUGAUCACUGGGGUAUACGAUGUCUUCUAUUGAAGUCAACUACUGCUGAGACGUCUAAAUCUUGUGUACCAGCAGUCCCAAUCAAGCUACAACGGCCUGUACCAGCUUUGGCCAACGGCGAGGAUCUGGAGCAGUUCCUGCAAAGCCACGAGAGCUUACCAACUGAGCAGGAAAGGGACGCGCGAUCAGAGGCCAUCAAGACUCUCGAGAACAUUCUUAGAGAUGCUGCCUCAGUUCCCGAGGGCGAAUCUAGGGUUGGUCCUGACUUCAUUGUUGUACCAGUCGGCUCUUAUGGUCUCGGUGUAUGGACGAGCUCGUCUGAUCUCGACAUUCUUUGUAUUGGAUCAUUUGGCUCUAAAACAUUCUUUACUAUGGCCAUCCAGAGAAUUAAGCGAGCGUCAGCAGCCUCAGGUGUUAGUAUCUUACGACGAGUCAAGGCCAACUCCGGAUAUAUGCUGGAACUGGAAGUGCAUGGCAUCAAAGUAGAUCUCCAAUAUUGCGCGGCGGCAUCAAUUGUCGAAAGGUGGCCUGAAGUCAUGAAGCAUCCCGCCAACGAUCCAGCAUUUGCCCUAUCAUUCCAGGCACUCGCAAAGCUCAAGCCGGUUCGCGAUUUGUUCUAUCUUCGCCGGUCGCUUCCCGACAUGGUUCAAUACCGGAUGGCGCAUUUGUUCAUUAAAUCUUGGGCACAGGCACGAGGUAUCUAUUCGGCGAAGUUUGGAUUUCUUGGUGGUGUCCAUAUCAGUGUUCUCCUUGUCCCAGUCUGCAAAGCACUGGCUUACGAGAAUGAAGCUGUGUCUCCAACCGACAUUGUCGUUACCUUCUUCAACCACUAUUCAAAUUUUGACUGGAAAGAUUCGAUGGUGUUCGAUCCAUUCUUCCACAAGGAGUUGAGAUAUAGCAGGACAUUCCGGGAGCCUCUCUGCUUGAUCGGCUGGCAUGCUCCAGCUCUCAACACAGCUCCCGUCGCAUCUGUACCAACAGUGAUGACGAUCGCAGCCGAGUUUAAGCGCGCCAACAAACUCCUUUCCCAGGAGGUUUGUACAUGGAGUAGCCUUCUCGGUGCCGGAUCUGAGAACACUUUGGAAUCAGGGGCAUACCCAGGAGCCACAGAAUUUCUGCAUACUUUCAAGACCUACAUCAAGAUUGAUACGCAGUACUGGGGUCCAUCACAGGAGAAGAGUGGUCGGUUUAUAGGCUGGCUUGAAUCACGAUGCGUCAUGUUGCUUGUUGACAUUAACAGAAAGCUGAAGGACCUGUUUGCACGGAUCUGGCCCGCCCGAUUCGUGGAAAAGUCAUCCGAGAUAGAGAAUACUGGCGCAGAGCGGAACGGGUGUUACCUCAUUGGCCUUACCUGGGACGGCGACUCAAGUAAAAGCGAUAUUAACGAGAUGAGCUUGGCCAUGCAGACAGUUUUGCAGGAGUUUGAGGGGAGAAUUCGCCGUGAUGAGAAGUACUACGAUGCUCAGUUCUGCUGGAUGAGUGCAUCUAUUGUUCGAGCCGAUAGCAUUGGCGGACUUGAAGUUGAUCAAAGCCUUUGGGGAGAAUUUGCCGGCGAUACAGACGACGACGACUCGGAUGACGAACUCGAAGAGGAGGAGGAGUUGGAGGAAGUCGAAGAAGUGAAGGGGAAGAAGGGGAAAGCGUCCCACGGCUCUCGAGCUGCAGUGGUGGGCAAAGAACCAGGCUUGGGCAAAUUUCGCACGGCCGCUGAUGUGCUUAAUCGCAUACGAUGGGAUGCCAACUUCGACCCAAGCGACUACGUUGUUGGUUACGAAGACCGCUUCCUUGGAGCUCGUGAGAGGGCGGUAGAACAAUGGAAGAGUGAGCAGACCGACGAGGAGUUUAUUCCACAGCACCGCAUUCUUUACUUCAAACGCAGGAACGACAACGUUAUCGUAUGGGAGCGACGGACACGGAUUGACGAUGUUUUCGGCAGCGGUAUCAAGACCGAUAAGUGA